AUGGGAGGGGCCAUCUCUUCAGCCACAACAUUCUCUGCCUCCUCCCAGAAUGGGCUCCAGGUUGGGCUAGAGGUCUAUCUUGGCCAAAAACUCCGUCCGGUGCCUCCACCUUGGGCCUCCCAGAGAUGUUGGGCCAGCAGCUUCAAGGCCUCCCAAUUGCAGGUGGAGCUAAGCCAGACACCACAGAGGAAGCCGGACAGUGGGGAACCCCUGUUGUUUGGGAAGCGGUUCACAGACCACAUGCUGACCGAUGGAGCAGCGAGGAUGGGCUGGGGUGUGCCUUGCAUCCACCCUUUCCGCAGCCUCAUGCUACACCCAGCCUGCUGCCUUCACUACAGCAUAGAACUCUUUGAAGGCAUGAAGGCUUUUCGGGGCAAGGACCAACGCGUGCGCCUCUUCCGCCCCUGGCUCAACAUGGAUCGCAUGUUGCGCUCAACCUUGCGGCUCUGCCUCCCGACCUUUGACAAGAUCGAACUUCUGGAAUGUAUCCGCCGCCUGGUGGAGAUCGACGAGGAAUGGGUGCCUAGUGGGGAGCAAAAGAAGGCUAGCCUCUACAUCCGGCCCACCUUCAUCGGCAAUGAGGCCUGUCUGGGUGUCCACCCCCCGCUGAGAGCCCUGCUGUAUGUCAUCUUGUGUCCUGUCGGCUCGUACUUCCCCGGGGACUCCUUAACGCCUGUCUCACUACUGGCUGACCCUCGCUUUGUCCGGGCCUGGGCCGGUGGGGUUGGUGACUGCAAGCUGGGAGGGAAUUAUGGGCCGACGGUGUUUGUGCAGCAGGCUGCUCACCGAGAGGGCUGUGAGCAAGUCUUGUGGCUCUACGGCCCAGACCACCAGCUCACUGAGAUAGGCACCAUGAACAUCUUCAUCUUCUGGACCCACAAAGAUGGCGUGCUGGAGUUAGUGACCCCCCCACUGGACGGAAUCAUUCUUCCUGGGGUGAUUCGGCGGAGCUUGCUGGACUUGGCCCAGACGUGGGGGGAGUUCCGAGUGUCGGAGAGGGAGGUGCGCAUGGAUGAGUUGCUGCUGGCCCUUCAGGAGGGGCGUGUGCGAGAGAUCUUCGGCUCAGGCACAGCUUGCCAGGUGUGCCCUGUGCAUCGAAUUCUCUACCAGGGUGAGCACCUUCACAUUCCCACCAUGGAAAAUGGGCCUGACCUCAUCCACAGAUUCCAGAAGGAACUGUGUAACAUUCAGUAUGGAGACGGCACCCACGAGUGGAUGCUUCCUGUGUGACUGGAAGGCCAGAUCGGGCCCUGCUGACCCUUUGGACCCCCCUUCCCCCUCUCCAGAUCUCAUAGUACUUAAUUCCCAUCCUCUCCCCUUUCUCUGUCCACCUCCCAGCCAAAGAUUCCAAGUGCAAUAUAGUUCUCCAGGCUUGUGGUCAGGGACACCUGGGUCCCUGCAGCCCCCAAGCCAAGCUACACUCCCAAAGCCAUAUGAGCCAGGAUCCAGGUGACUGGCGCCUGUUCCCCCACCCCUCAGGGAGCACCACACUCCGUUCCUCAUCAGCCUUAGAGGGUAACUGCUGGGGGCCUGGAUGAUGUCAGAAGAUGACCCCCUUCUGAUUCCCAGACCCCUAAGCCUGGCUGAGGCUCCAGUGAAUUUUAUUUCCUGCAUUUUCCAAAUAAAAAGCCAAAGGACAGGA